AUUUAGUUGAUGCAUAUAAUUAUAUGUGUGCGUAUAUAGUAAAAGUCUUUUUAUCAUUCUAAUCCAUUCCGUUGCAUUUUUGCAGAGUUUAAGGAAGCCUUAAUGACAUGAAGAUAGUGGUGAACCUAUUAGCGAUAACAAUUCCAAAAAGCAUGGCGCAUAUAACUACACUAUUUUGGUUCCUUUUAUUGUGGAAUGUACAUAAUGGUAAGUAAAGAGUUGAAUUUAAAAACUGAAAAAAUUGUAAGCUCGUUUGUACCUAUAUGCACAACCGAAAAUAAAGAUUGACAAAAAAAAUAAAUAAAAAUGUCAUAUAUAAAAAUAUAUCAAAAACAUGAAAAUAUUAAAACAUUAUUUUAGAAUAUUUCAAUCAUUUGAAAAGUUUACCCAAAAAUAUUAAAUCAUUUGAAAAGCUUAGCCAACAAUAUUAAAUCGGGGCCAUACUAAGAAUCCUUUAUGUUUAAACAUACAUAUACAGCAAAGAUAUUGAAUUUUAGCAUAGAUAAAGGCCAUGUGAUAGGCCGGGUGAGAGCGUCUCAGCCUGUCACUGACCUCUACAUUGGAAGGAUUCCAUCCUGAUAAUGAGAGUCUAUUUUCACUUCACGAGAUUACCAGUAAACAUAAACAGCUGCCUAUUCUCCCUACUGGAAGACAGGGCCCCCAUCAGCAGAGAGAGGUCAGGCCUCAUAUGUUCACAUAUACAUAGUAAGUUUUCUAUCUAUCUAUGCACCUUUGGGGCCCCGGGCCAGUGCUCGCUAGAAUAGUGAAGAGGGGCAGGGCAGGUAACUCCAGCUGCUACCCCUCGGGCAGGUUCCUUUACAGACCUCGGCUGUCAGAGCAUUGCUGUCACAGCACAACACAGGACCUGCUGAUGGAAGCUGAAGUCUCCUUGCCCCCCCUUAUUACUUAUUAUUCAAGCUUGCUUGUACAAUGCCACCAGACCACCAUGGAAUGUAGUGUCAUUCCUCCCUCAUCACAAGUAAAAAGCAGGGAAAGGGGAACUAACUUUAAACAAAAAAAAACAAAAAAAAAAACUAUAACAAAAAAAGCUAUCCCCUAUCCUACACCACACAUUUACACACACUGCAUCUACUACACAAACACACACACUGCAUGCACUACACACACAUACUGCAUGCACUACACACACACACACUGCAUCUAUUACACACAUACAGCAUCCACUAUACACACACAGCAUCCGCUACACAGAUACAGUCUGCAUCCACUACACACACACACACACACACACACUGCAUCCACGUUACUCUCAAACACUCACCAUAUCCACUGUACACAGUCACAUACACUACAUCCUUGUGAGCGGACUCAGGGCCUGACCCUAUGGGUAGACUCAGGGGCAGGCCUUUGGGGAUGGGACUUGAUAUAAAACACUAUAACCACUACAAGUUGCUGUGGUGGUUAUGUUUCAUUGUGUGUACCUUCAAACUAUAUUUAUCAAUAGACUCACAGGAUCAGCUAAAAACCUAUCAAUUCUAUUGGAACAUAUGUGAUUUAUUUAAUAAACAGCGUGCUGACAAUUGUGCUGUAAAAAUGAAAGUUAAAAUAAUAAAAACUGCCAAGGGGGCUGUUUUGUUUCUAAAUUUUGUGAGUUGGUGGUAAACUCAGUAAAACGUGUGGUUUCGUGUGACAAUGGCGGUAGAGAAGGUAGAGAUAGAUUGGUAGAUUGUCUGGUUAAGGGAAUAGACUUUUCAUGCAUCAACCUUAGCGGCUAUUCAGUUCAGAUCAACGUAGUCAGAAAUAAGAUUUGAGAACCCUGAUAUUAUGUGACAUUUCUAAUCCUUUUCCUAUUUGUGUAACUGUGGUUAUGUGUUUGCAUAUUGUGAGCGUAAAGGUGGAAUAGUGGUUGAUGGGAGAUACAUCAGACCUGAUUUGCUAAACAGCAACCAGAGGAUUUUUCAGUUAAAUGCCCCAGGGAGAGAUGUUAAAGUUUGCAAUAUGCAUAGCUGAUGCUCUGCAAAACAUGGUAUGGGUCCCUGGGGCGGAGUAUUUGGAGAGCAGGGUGGGCCAAUGCUCCAACAGCACUAGUUGCUGUAUAACAGACCACAGCUUGGAUCUGAUUUUAAGAGUUAACUAAUUGGCACUCACCUGUAGCUACUCAAUUAGUAGACAGGCCUUUAAAAGAAGAGAGCAGCCUGCUGCAGAGUGAGGGAGAAAAAGACAGCUAGGAGAGAUUGUGUUUAUUGCAAAGACAUUGCUUUUGUUUGGAAAAUUGGUAAGUGGGAAAGCCACCCAAUUGCAGAUAGCAAUUACUGUCUAGUAAGAGCUCAAGUAAGAGCAAGGGAUUUUGUUUGUUUUUGUUAUUAUUUAAAGUACCUGCUUUCUUACUGAAUAAAAAGGAAAACUGAGCUGAAGGUGUCCUGGACUUUGUAUACCCUAGAAGGCUGUGGUUACUGCAAGAUCGGUGACAAUCCUACCUGUAAAAGAGGUGGUUUGUUACAAUAUCUAUACGCCUCAUAUUAACCUUGAUCCAAGACCGAAGACCUCUUUCCACAUGAACAAGAUAAAAGAAGGAUUCAGAUCUUACGGGGCCCUAGUCAUGUGACUGUUUUGGGUCCCCAUCCAUUGUUCACGUUGGGUUAGUAAGUGGAGACCAAGCAAAUUCAGCUUCCCAGGCCCUAGGUAACUCCCCAAGGCCACCUUAUGGUUAAAAUUGCUUUGGACAAAAUGAUAUUAAACAAUCAGCAAGCUGUUAAAUUAUUGCUUGUGUUUUAUCUUUACAGCUCACGAGACGUCCAUCGUUACAAACUUUGAUUGCCUCAAUGAUUAUGAAGAAUACAGUUAUUGUUUCUGGGAUGUUAUGAGUGCAUUGAAAGUAAAUUGCACCGAAGAUUUCCUCCUAAAAUACGAAAACGAUCACACUAAGUACGUUUUAUCAAAUCUUACUAUGAUAUCGCAAAUAAUAUUGUUCAGUAAACUGUGCAACGUCAGAUAUUCAAAUUAUAGUCCAAACCUGUUAAGUUGGGAAACAAAAUAACUAAGUCAGAUGUUUUCUGAUUGUGUUAUUUAGGCCUAUAGAGUUACUUCACAUAGGCAUUCCCACUAGCAUGACUAUUUCAAAUCACUGAAGUGGUCAUGGUGGUUGGAGUAACUCUUUAAUAUUUCAUAUUCACUUUUGAAACUAACACUCAUUACCCAUAAUGCAACAAGACUCCCAAACUCAGAGCUAAUGAAAUAUAUGUCGGGGCCUCAGCCACAAACCUAGCAUAUCAGCAUAUAGCAGUUAAAGGACCACUCUAGGCACCCAGACCACUUCAGCUUAUUAAAGUGGUCUGGGUGCCAGGUCCCUCUAGGAUUAACCCUUUUUUUAUAAACAUAGCAGUUUCCGAGAAACUGCUAUGUUUAUAAAUGGGUUAAUCCAGCCUCUAAAGCCUCUAGUGGAUGUCUCAUUGACAGCCGCUAGAGGCGUUUGCGUGCUUCUCACAGUGAAAAUCACAGUGAGAAGACGCCAGCGUCCAUAGGAAAGCAUUUUAAAUGCUUUCCUAUGAGACUGUCUGAAUGUGCGCACAGCUCCUGCUGCGCAUGCGCAUUCAGCCGAAGAGGAGGAGAGGAGGCGGAGAGGAGGAGGAGAGCUCCCCGCCCGGCGCUGGAAAAAAAAAAGGUAAGAUUUAACCCUUUCCUCGCCAUUCACCCUCAGGGCACUAUAGUGCCAGGAAAACGAGUAUGUUUUCCUGGCACUAUAGUGGUCCUUUAACAUUCCUACUCUUAUAUUAACUUCUCCCAGCACUGAAGGGACUGAAUGUAUUAAAGUAUGUCAUUUUGUUUGUCUACUCGUGACAUUACAUAACCACUGAAAGUGGUGUAGUUGGGGAGAACACUUAUAAAGACUUCAACUGCAAACUCUAGCAGGCCUGUAAACGGCAGAGGCAAUCAGCUAGCCCUUAGAAGGAGUGUACCAUCCCAGGCUUGUCUGCAUGGAAGGCACACAGUGUAGUCAGCUAGGCCUGUUCCUUACCUUGACAUCUGCUGAUGUGUUGCAUAUGGCCUGUUUCUAGGACCUGUGUCACACAACACAAUUUAAUCAUUUGGCAUGACUGCUUUUCAUUCGUGGUGUUUUUAAUAAUAAGACAAAAUGUACACAAAAUUUAUAAAACAAUUUCUAUAGCAACAUCUAAAUAUCUGGACCAAGGUUUGUUUUACAUAGUUACAUAGUAAUCUAGGUUGAAAAAACAGACUCAAGUCCAUUAAAUUCUACGUUCACAACCUAUUCCUUUAUGCUGUUGAUCCAAAAGAAGGCAAAAAAAGAAAAACUCCACGAAAAAACAAUUUGAAGUAAUUUCCAAUUAUCCUGUUGACUCCGUAAUGGCAAUCAGAUUUGUCCUUGGAUCAACAACCUGCUCACAUAGCCUGUUUUUUUUUUUUCUUACAGUUUCAGUGAUAUUUGCAUCCCCGAAUCUCAGGUGAUGGCGGAUAUUAUAUUACCCAAUAAAUGCAUCUGCCACCUCAAUAUUGAAGAUUAUUUUGCGCCUGUUGUAUUCAGCGUUGAGCUUGUGUCAAAUGAAACAUCUUUAAAGAAAAUGGAUUUUCAUCUCUCUCAAAAAGGUAAUGUCCAUUGAUUAAUUCAAUAGUCUGUCAUAUUUAUUUAAAGCACAUGUUACAAAAAUCUAUCUUACCGUAUAUACUCGAGUAUAAGCCGACCCGAAUAUAAGCCGAGGCCCCUAAUUUUACCCCAAAAAACUGGGAAAACUUAUUGACUCGAGUAUAAGACUAGGGUGGGAAAUGCAGCAGCUACUGGUAAAUUUCUAAAUAAAAUUAGAUCCUAAAAAAAUUAUAUUAAUUGAAUAUUUAUUUACAGUGUGUGUGUAUAUGAUGAAUGCAGUGUGUGUGUAUGAGUGCAGUGUGUGUAUGAGUGCGCAGUGUGUGUAUAAAUGCAGUGUGUGUAUGAGUGCAGUGUGUGUAUGAGUGCAGUGUGUGUGUAUGAGUACUCAGUGUGUAUAUGAGUGCAGUGUGUGAAUGCAGUGUGUGUGUGUGAAUGCAGUGUGUAUGAGUGCAGUGUGUGUAUGAGUGCGCAGUGUGUGUAUAAAUGCAGUGUGUAUAUGAGUGCAGUGUGUGUAUAAAUGCAGUGUGUGUAUGAGUGCAGUGUGUGUGUAUAAAUGCAGUGUGUAUAUGAGUGCAGUGUGUGUAUAUGAAUGCAGUGUGUGUGUGUGAAUGCAGUGUGUAUAAAUGCAGUGUGUAUGAGUGCAGUGUGUGUGAGUGCGCAGUGUGUAUGAGUGCGCAGUGUGUGUAUGAAUGCAGUGUGUAUAUGAGUGCAGUGUGUGUGUGUGAGUGCGCAGUGUGUGUAUAAAUGCAGUGUGUAUAUGAGUGCAGUGUGUGUGUGAAUGCAGUGUGUAUGAGUGCAGUGUGUGUGUGUGUGAUGCAGUGUGUGUGUGUGUUGCAGAGCCUUGGUGGGGGGUGGGCAUUUUUAUAAAAAAAAAAAAUAAAAAAAUUAAUAUUAUUUAUUAUUUUAAUUUUUUUGGUUAUAUUAUUUUUUUAAUAAUUUUUUAUUAUUAUUUAUAUAUUAAUUAAUAUUAUUUUAAUUUUUUGUUAUAUUAUUUUUUUUAAUUAUUUUUUUAUUAUUAUUUAUAUAUUAUUAGUUAAUAUUAUUUUAAUUUUUUUGGUUAUAUUAUUUUUUUAAUUAUUUAUAUAUUAUUAAUGUAUUUAUUUUUGUCCCCCCUCCCUGCUUGAUACAUGGCAGGGAGGGGGGCUCUCCUUCCCUGGUGGUCCAGUGGCAUUGGCAGUUCAGUGGGGGGAGGAGGGGGGCUGGCAGAGCUGUUACUUACCUCUCCAGCAGCUCCUGUCAGCUCUCUCCUCCUCCGCGCCGGUCCGUGCAGCUCUUCUGUCAGCUCACACUGUAAGUCUCGCGAGAGCCGCACUAUGACCCGGCUCUCGCGAUAAUUACACUGGGAGCUGACCGAGGUGCUGACCGGACCGGCGCGGAGGAGGAGAGAGCUGACAGGAGCUGCAGGAGAGGUAAGUAACAGCUCUGCCAGCCCCCAGUCUGUAUUAUGGCAAUGUAAAUUGCCAUAAUACAGACAGUGACUCGAGUAUAAGCCGAGUGGGGGUUUUUCAGCACAAAAAAUGUGCUGAAAAACUCGGCUUAUACUCGAGUAUAUACGGUAAUAUUGCCACAUGUAAAGCACAUGUGGAAAAAAUCCAAGUGAACCAUUGCAACCACAAAAAGACUGACAGCACAUCAAAAAUCCAUCAAGGUCUUUGGUUUCAAAUGUCUCUUAAAGGGACACCGUAGGCACUGUAUCUGCUUCAUCUCAUUAAACUGGUUACAGUGUCUGGAGUCCCCUGGUACCAUAAUUUCUUUCAGCAUUAAACAGUUUUUAAUGUUGUAAUGUUUUAAUGCUAAACACAGCAGUCUAUCCCCUCUGUGCUGCUUUGGCUAAUACGGAGGUAUUACCCUGAGCAGCAAUGGGCAGCUGUGAUUGGCUGAGAGUGUCAGCUGACUGCUUUUAACCUGUCAGAGCUCCAACUGACGGUAUGAAUGGGUAUGACAACAAGGAAGUGUGUAUUCUCUGCCUGAGCUACACAUACAGAAGGGGCCGGACUGUGGGUGGCCAGGGACUCUUAUUUUGUGGCAUAUUGCACAAACAUGGUGCAACACUGAAUGGAGGGACAGUGCCAGGCCACUCCAGGCACUAUAACCAAUUCAAAGAGACAAAGUGGUUAUAGUGACUACAGUGUCCCUUUAAGGAGUGCUCUGAUUUCCCCCAUUGUAAGUAGACAAACUGGUUUUGAAUAAAUUGACUUCUUACCUGAGAUUUACUGGGCUCCACUCCCCAUCUCCACUGCUAACUCUAGACUGAGAGUGUCAGCUGAUCGAUCUCUGCUAAUGAGCUAAGCCCUAGCAAAAUACAUCCAUUGUCUAGUUAAACCAUUCAAAAACAAGUUGUAGUGGUUUUGGUGCUUGGAAGGUUCCUUUAAGGAUUGUAGUUAGCCUAAAUUCCAUUAUUAUACCUGGAAAAACAGCAUCAUGAGUUGUGAAUUCUGAACUGUAGUGAAUUCUAAAUAAAUCUAAGAAAAAGUUUUUAGUUUACUAAAGGGUCCCCCUAAGUACCAAUUUAAAUUUGCAUUAUUUCUGAAUUUAUGGGGCGGAGAGUACCCUGCACCCACUCUUAAUUCUGCUACUUUGCAAAAAAAAAAAAAGCUAACCCCCGAGGCUCCAACUCAGCAAAAAAGGAAUGUUUACAUUCUAUUUUGCUGUGUUAAUGUGAUACAACAUGGGUAUAGGUUUAUUGGACGGUAUCUGGAUCAGAAUGAGAGGGUCCUGACUGUUGGAGACUCAUCCUGGUAAAGCAAGGAACAGAGGCAUACAUAUUCAUUGCAUGAACCAGGGAUAGAUUAAAGGGACACUGUAGUCACCAGAACAACUACAGCUUAAUGUAGUUGUUCUGGUGAGUAUAGUCAUUACCUUCAGGCAUUACAUUGCCUCCUAUGGAUACCUCCUGUGGCCACUCCUUAGAUGGCCACUGGAAGUGCUUCCUGGGACUGCUCUGCAGGAAGACACUGAAAUGUUCUCAUAGAGAUGCAUUGAUUCAAUGCAUCUCUGUGAGGAGGUGGUGAUAGGCCAAAAUGGUCAUUGGCCCUGCCCCCAUCCUGCCUCCUUGCCGAUUUCAGCCAAUCCAAUGGUUUCCCUAUGGGGAAGCAUUGGAUUGGCUAAAAAUAGUAAAUUCUGAUGAUGUCACUAAGGAAAUGCAUUUGGGACUGGGCCAACACCGGCAGACCCAUGCUGCGCUGAAAAUAAGGUAUGUUUUAACCCUUUCUAAGGCAGCUAAGGGGGGCAAGCCACCAAAAUGGUGGUUAUAACACUAUAGGGUCAACUAUGCAUGUUUGUGUUCCUGACCCUAUAGGGUUCCUUUAAGCUUUAAAAAGAAAAAUAUGCAGAGUAAGGUAAAGAAACAUACUGCACACCAUAACCACUUAAUUUCAAUAAAGUGUUUACGGUGCUCGUUUGAGCAGGGUCCCCUUCAUCAUAUUGUUCCUGUAAGUUUUUGCAAUUGUCACAUUUAUGGGUAAAUCUCCCACUCCAAUAACAUUGUAAAGGGCUACGGAAUUUGUUGAUGCUACAUAAAUGCCAAUAAUAUUAAUGGUGGCUGGAAUCCCCCGGUACAACAUACGGAAGUGGUUUAACACUGGAUGGUAAGAUGGCGCCAGUAAAUUCCAGGCACCAUAACCAUUUCAUUGAGAUGAAGUGGUUGUGGUGCCUAAGGUGUAUUUUUAAACAGAUUUACCAAUAACGGUAGAUUCAUUAUCUUAUUAUAUUAUUUAAUCUAAAGUAAAAAAUUCCAUAAAUAAAGUUAAAGAGCGAAAGACACACAGAUGUUAUAGGUUAUAUGUAACUGCGCUUCUAAGGAAUUCAAUCGAAUGGUGCAUCCAAAGUUCAUGUAAAGCUAAAAUAUCUAAACUUGUCUGGUAAUCUACCCUGUUAUUUUAACUGUUCGCUUUCAGUAUAUGUAUUAUAAUCCUGCAAUCUAAACGUUUUUGUGUUUUGUACGCAGUGAAACCCAAAACUCCAUUCAACGUAACUGUUAAAGCAAGUGAUUUAGAAAAUGUUUUUGUGCAAUGGGACUCUGGAUGUAAAGAGGGCAACUUUGUGCGUGACAUGUUGAUUUAUGAAUUGCAGUUCACCUCCAGACAAGAUCCAGCAGAGGUAACAUAUUUUAUCAACUUGAGUAUUUAUAGCAAAAAUAGGUUGAACGACUUUUUAACAGUCAUUUUGUCUUUAGUUGUCACAAAACUACAUUUCAAGUUUUAGACCACAAACGCCAAAUUGGAAACAUUUUUCACGUUUGCUCUUUUGCUUAAUAGUUUGAAAACCCUGAUAAUGUUACAAAUAUUUAGAAUAAGACAUAGCUCUUUAACAAAGUGUGAAAUGAAAUAGUUACAGUUUAUUACACAUUAGUAAAUGUCCUCCUAAAAUGGACUCAAAUUAAUAUGUUUGGAUCAGCAUUUCAAAUUAUCUAAAUCUGUUAGAAAAACAUUUCAGAUUAUCUAUCUCCAAACAAGGCUGAAACGAUUGUCUGGGGUUGCUGUGCAGAGGGAACUUGCUGGCAUUUCGGAUCUGGACUGCCCGUAUGGGUGGGACCAGUCUGAUAUGUUUCAGAGAUGUUGCCUCUGUAAUGGUACAAGAUGAGCUAAACCCACCGAAGGGCAGGCUAUUUCAGCUGCUGCCUGUUCUCAGUUUUCUCUUGCGACCUGUUUUUUGCUCUAUUUAUCUCCAAAACUUCUCAUGCACUCUAGAGGAACACUACUGUGGUAGGAAUACAAAUAUGUAUUCUUAAAGCCAUAGUAACCCCCCCCCCUACUCCUCCCCCAUUUGCAAUAAAACAAAAAUGUUACUUCUCAACUCUUUCCUUUUGUGCUGCUCACCUCUCCACCUCAUGCGAUGUCAACGAGGAGACAUGACCUUGUCCAUGAUGGUCCAAUUCAAAGCUCCUUAUAGAGGAGCAUUAUGGACCUAAUUUACUAAAGCAGCGAAUCAAUGCUUUUUUAUGGGGCCCUCACCAUCGCGUGCAGAAGCAUGACAGCCCCUAGAGGUGCAUUUAAUCCUGCAAUGUAAACAUUGUAGUUUCUAAAAAUAAAAAAAAAUAAUGUUUUACAUUGCAGAGUUAAAAAGACAGGACCACCUUGAGAUACAAUAACUUCUAUGGACAAAUCACAUGAAAAGUUUUUUCUAACAGAUCUCGAUCAGUUAAAAUACUGAUCCAAACCAAUUACAUCGAGGCCAGCAUGUCGGACAAAGAGACAGACUGAGGCUUCUGAAUAAACAGAAACUCCAGUAAAAUUGCUGAAAGUAAUCUCUACCAAGAAUAGAGCAUUCUGAUGGAAUUCUGGUUUCUUUCACCAUUGUUCCAUAAGAUCACUCUACUCUUUGAACUUAGCCCUAAAAUGACUUUUUAUAAAUAACUCCUAAUAAUUUCCUACAUUUGCCUUUCCAGGUGAAAACUACUAGUUCAAGUGAAGGGAAGACAUGCUACGAAAUUGACAAGAGGCAGUUCAAACAAGGACAUGAUUAUAUGGUUCAAGUCAGGUCUAAAGUCAGACCAGUUCCUAUAGGUUACAAUGGAACCUGGAGUGAAUGGAGCAGCGAGGCUGAGUGGCAUAAUGGUAAGCUUACUAAAGGCAUUUAUAGAGGCAAGGGAUACAUUUGGGGAAACUAAAAUGAAAAUAUUCAAAUUGUAAUUGAAAUAACCAUAACUGAAAUAUUUUUUCUUAUUAAAAACAAUAUAUAUACACUAAUCAACCACAAUAUUAAAACUACCUGCCUAAUGUCGUGUAAGUCAGUUUCAUGCUGCCAAAACAGCUCGGAUGCGCCGAGGCAUGGACUCCACAAGACCUCAGAAGAUGUCCUGUGGUAUCUGGCACCAAGACAACAGCAGCAGAUUUUUUAAGUCCUGCAAGUUGCAAGGUGAGGCCUCCAUGGAUUGGAUUUGUUGAUCCAGCACAUCCCACAAAUGCUCAAUCAGAUUGAGAUCUGGGGAAUUUAAAGGCAGAGGCAACACCUUGAACUCUUUGUCAUGCACCUCAAACCAUUCCUGAACAAUUAUUUCAGUGUGGCAGGGUACAUUAUCCUGCUGAAAGAGGUCACUCCUAUCAGGGAACACCAUUGCCAUGCCAGCAUCAUGUUUUACAGCAAUUUGAGCUACAGUAGCUCUUCUGUGUGAUUUGACCAGAUGGGCUAGUCUUCCAUUCCCCAAGUACAUCAAUGAGACUUGGGCGCCCAUGACCCUGGCGCCAGUUUUCCUUUUUUCCAUCACUUUUGGUAGGUAAACCACGGCACACUGGGAAUACUCCACAUGACUUGCCGUUUUGGAGAUGCUCUGACCCAGUCAUCUAGCCAUCUAGCCAUAACUAAUUAACCCUUGUCAAAGUCACUCAGAUCUUUUCUCUUGUCCAUUUUUCCUGCUUCCAACACAUGAAAUUCAAGAAUUAACUGAUCACUUGCUGUCUAAUAUAUCCCACCCCUUGACAGGUGCCAUUGUAGCUAUAUAAUCAAUGUUAUUCACUUCACCUGCCAGUGGUUCAAAUGUUGUGGCUGAUCAGUAUAUAUAUAUAUAUAUAAAUAUCAAUAUCAGCAUUAGAACCUUUCUUUUUAUACAUUAUUUUGCUUUCACACAUUUCUCCGUUUCCUCUUCUGCUGAUCCACUCUGUUAAGUUUCCUCUGUCUCCUUAUGUCAUCAAGAAAAAAAAAAUAGCUGACCUCCAAAGUCAUUUACAGCUCUGCUCUAUCUUAGAUCUCUGCUCUUUUUACUAUUUGUAACCCCAUUUGGCACACCACUCUGACAUGCAACUCUAUACUCUCAUGUACAAUAUUGGACCCCAGAUAAUUGACAGGUAGGUGUCCAGUUAUUAACAAUAUGUCUUUUUUUAUGAAGAUGUUACCCCAUGGUUGCUGGAGAGCCACUUGCUUGGAAGCUUCCACACUAUUGUACCCAUAGAGUGUGCUGUUCAUGCAGACAUUAUUAACUGCUUAUUGAGAAAUUCAAUUUCUGUUCUGACUCUUUUUGUUUGUUUGUUUUGUUUCAUAAUUUCCCAUUGAUUCAUGUUGGGUCUUCACCCUCCACUGCAUCAGCAUCAGAUAAAGCUGUUUGUGCGGCAAGACGUGAUGGUAUUCAUUUCAGUCUGUAUUACUAUGUAGCUAUAACCAUUUUCUAGAAAAUAUUGUGGUGUUGUGAAGAAAUACAACAAAAGACAAAAAAGGAACUAAAAAAAACAGGAAAUACUGAACUAAGAAUUAACUCUCAAAAGUAGUUUUUUCAACAAAAUACAAAUACCAGUGAACAAAGAAAAUACGCGGCCAUGCCCACUUUAAAAAAAACAAAAAAACAACUAGCAGACCAAGCCUAAGAGCACACUAACCCAUUGUUUACAGCCAAUACAGCAUAAUGUAGUUUUUAUGAUAUAAUGAGACUUUGCUGUAGCCCUCCACCUUAUUAUGUCAGUUAGUGGCCUCAAAAGCAUAAACAAUGAUUCAGGAGGGUGUUUAGUGACUUCAUGGGUACAAGCCCCAAUUGCCAAGACAAACUAAUCUGUUCGUCCAUUGUCUAUUUAAUUUGUUUUGUGAUAAUCCAUAUGGCAUCCCGCCAAUUGCCCAAAACUGCAACUCACAAGUCUACAAAAUAGAUGUUCUCCAUCUUACCUUUAUGGUAUUCCUCCCACAGGAGUAUAUUAUACCGUGUGAAAAAAGGAUGUGGACACAGCAAAUUACAUGAAAAAUUCCUCUGAUUAUUUAUCGUAGUACAAAAAAAACUAUAUUACGAUUGUGAGCUGAUUGAUAUCCUCAAAUAGCGGCAAAUAAAGUGAUUCUUCCAUAACAAACUUAUAUAUAACUUAAUGUCAUCUAGCUAUAAACAUACAGUAUGCAAAGAUGCCUUCUCACUUAACAAGAGAAACAUUAUUUAAACAGACACAAUCACCGUUUUAAUGCUUCCGUAAAGAUUUAGCACAGGCUGCCAUUUUUGGUGACAUAUAAAAUGAUACCCAUAUAAAUUUACAAUUUACAAACAGAAUGGGGGCUCGGAGAAAUCUGCUGUAAGGGCAGUUGGCUGCCUAUGGGUCACAUGGCAUAUAGAAAUCAUCUUAUCAGUUAUGGACCAAAGAGGGACUGUGUGCGAUAGGCAUUGCGCAAGCUAUGUUUAGCACUUUGUGUGUUAUGGACAGUGUUUACCAUGAAGCUCGGCUAAGCUAAUGAGAAUUUCUGAAUUUCUUGACCAUGUGCCAUAAAUACUACGUGGCGCACUUCUGCAGAAAACAAAAUAAAAACAUAUAGAUUUUUACGUAUCUGGAACUUGGGAUAAUUGCAGUAUUUGGGCCUGGAGCUUCAUCUCUAGCAGCCCCUAUGUUAUUAUGCCCAGAUACUUACUCAAGCAUUGAUGGGAUUGCUGCAGAGGUUUUAGUAUACUUAACGCAGAGAUGAUUGCAUUAGUGUAGGAGUCCAUUGUGUAUCAUAUCCUUUUCUGAUUAUGGCUAUUGCUACAACUGUCAACUGAUGCAGUUCAGACAGGAUUCCCAGUCCAGUGAUUCACAUUUACAUUUUGCAGACUAGUUGCUAGGUUUUACCCUCCAUAUUCAUUGUGCAAGUUUGGGCAUCCUAUAGUUCACUUUAGAGAAGUUAUUUUUUUUUCUUUGAAAUAAAGCAAACAUAUUUAUUUAUAAGCUGUCUCUUCCGUUAUUCUCUACAUUCCGUACAGUAAUUUUGCUUUAAUCCCAUUAACUCAUACUUGUUGAGUUGUGGCCCUUCCAUCUUGACUUCCAGUCAGCCAUUUUGUGAGCUCUGUCCUCAUUUUAUCGUAAAAAAUGGCAGCCUUUGUACAGCUCAGUAAGCAAAAAGAUCUUACCACAAACUUGCAUCAUGGAGAAGGAACUUUGUAAUAAUCAGGAGGAAUCAUAGAAAGUGAUGGAGAGAAAAAAAAAGAGAAAACAGUUGCCAUCGUGGUUAUUAGUGAAUUUGUGUUUUCUCUUGUUCAUUUUUAAGUAAACUUAACAAAAUUGGGAAAAACAUGAAGGAUAGUGGAAUGAGCUUACACUAUGCUAAUUUAAUCUACUGCAACAUGAAAGGUAUGUCAACAAAUGGUAACAAUUGGCGGAGCCUGACAGCCAAGCAGAGCAGUCGCACAGUAAAUGGGCUCCUGGGCUGAAAACCUAAAAACAACUAAAGCUACCAAAAUUACCUACAUACAACUGGCUUUUCAGCCCCAGUAACAGAGGUAUGCAAUGGAGACAACGCUAACUCGAGACCCUGAGCAACACUGGCGACCGCAUCCAGAGGAGGGAUCCAAGGCCUACCUGCGGCCUAUCCGGGCGGCAUGGGGGAGACGACCGAUCCCCCAGCCGGCUGGGGCCCGUUACGCCGGGGGCCUGUCCAGAGCAUCCUCUUCCCCCCCACCCACCGGUGGGGGUUAUCCCGGCAACCAAAGCAAGUAACCUAAAGCAGAGGUACCAACUCCAGCAUACAGACACAGCCGGGCCAUCGACGCCCAAAAUGGCGGACGCCAUGAGGGAUCAAGCACCCGAGUUCAUCCUGCUCCCACUAUCGGAAAGGAUGGACCGACUUUUGGCGGACUUCUGGGCAAAAAUAGACAGCCGCAGGGGCGACCCGGAGGGGGUCCCACUGGCGUCAGCUCCAUGGGACUCCACAACGAAGCCUACACAGACGACACAGACCCAGAGGGAGACCAGGAAAGCAGCGAGACGGAGGCGGGAAACCCGAUGUAGGCCUCAGCACUCCAACCCUCGACCACGGGUGAGUCGCCCAAAGCCUAAACAGGGGCUCACCCUGGGACCCCCCCAGCACAGCAACCCUCAUAAGCGCAAGCAGAAACAGGGGCCUUAUAUAACAUCGGGCAAUCACUCACCUCAACGACCACCACUCGCUCCUCAGCAACAGCCAGCAGCUCAGACAGAGCACAAAGUUGUAAGAUGGCGGCGGAGGGCUCAGCACUCACCUCUCCCACGCAAAGCUAGAAAGCUGAGGAGAUCAGUGGAGCCAAGACCCCCUCAGGUGCCCAACGCAACAGGGGUGACACCGCUCCAACGGCACGGCCCAGCAACUAUACACGGAAAACACCGCCCCAGGUAUGCAGACAAGGCCUCCAGAACAGGCAUUGGCUGAAGCAGACUGGACUGACACGUUGCACGGCUCACAGCCUGUGACCCUGCUCAUAAUGCAGAGACUCAUUACCCGGAGGCAACAAAAAUUUACUAAUUUUUUUUUUUUUUUUGUGAAUAUGAUUUUUAUUUUCAUCAUAUAACAAGAGUUAGUCAACUGUAUGCAUUCUGGGACCCGCAGGUCUCCAUUUAUAGGGCAACUGGUGAGACGCGCAGGCCUCGGAAUCAUUUAUUUGUGUUCGGUUUCCGAGUUUACUAAUUUUAAAUGUGUGACCAGAAGCCCAGUAUAUUUAUGUUUCCCUCUCUUAUAAUAUCAUAAUAAUGUCUCCUGAAUCCCUCCUGUAUAGAUGAAAAUGUAUGCCACUCAUAACUCUUACCUUGCAUGUUGUGGUUACUUUUGUUUAUUCUUAGGGAAAAGUAAUUUAUUUAUUUUUUUCCUUAUUCAUGUUUUGAUAACUACUAGCUGUCUGCCUCUACUUAAAUGUACUUACAUACAACACCACCUGGGGGGGCAACAACAUACCAGCAGCUGGCGUGGGCUGACUCCUGAGAUUUUUUUAAGUUAACUGUCCUAUUUAUGCCAACGUACUCACUGUUAGACAGCCUAGCACAGUUGAUUUUACCAGUGCCUUAUAGUUUUUGGUUCUGCCUAAUGUGUCCCCUAGCGUACCUUUAUGAUGCCUCUAUAUGCCUUAGUGCCACCAUGAUCUACUCUGUCUUAACAAACAAUAUGUCUAAUAUCUACCAAGCCUAAAUACCAAUGUUUAAUCAUAAGAUAGGAAGUAGCUCAGAAGUGUUACCUGAUCUGCCAUCACUAGCCCAUGCCAAAUGGUGACACCUUCCAUGCAAAUAUAAUAAUCUAUCGUAUAAGCUGUGUUUAAAGCCUUGACUAGCUAAACAAUUCCUGCUAAAUGUUGAACAACUAUGUUUUUACCUGUUAUUCAUAUUAUAAAAUGUGCAAGUUUUUCCUGAGUGCCACGAUGCCCAUACAAACCAAGCACACUCAGGUCAUAGAUGUAUACCUAAGCGAACUCGGACUGUUUAUCCUAAAAACGCAUUGCUCUGUCUUUUCAACACCUAUGUCAUUAAGCAUACUUGAGGUGCUUGCCAAUGUUGUUGGGGCACGACGAGUUAUUCUGUUAUAUGUCAUACAUUGCACAACAAAAUAAAGAAUUUAAAAAAAAAAAAAACAGGGAAAGUAAGGGAUAGCAUCAAUAAUACAAACCUGAAUAUUGUGGCUAAAAUCAUGAUAGAUUUCACAAGCUAUGUGGAAAUCAAAUCAUAUUGCUUUCUUAGAUACCAGCUGUUCUCAGUACAGAUAACUUGAAAAUGUAGAAAUAAAAUUGCAAGAGCAAAAAACAAAACAAAAAAAAACCAAAUGGUAACAAUCCAAUGGAACAGUAUUUGUGUUCCCUUUAGAGAUGAGGACUCCACGUUCUACCUCUUGUGUUUUAAGAUUCUGCAAAAAUCUUUACUGUUAUGUCUUAUUUGUCAUAUGUUAAUAUCUUAUUUUCCCUGUUCGUUUUCUUUUCUGUACUCCACCCUUGUUAAGAUCUUAAAAAAUGUAAAAAAAACAACUCAAAGAAGAGAAAGAUAAAAAAAAAUAAUAAACUGCAAAAGAAGGAGGCCACCUGUCCAACUUGCUUACAUUUUAUUUCUCAGGACGCUAGGAUACAUUAGCUUCUUUCAAAAGUGGAGGUACAAAUAGAUACUUAAUAUAAUUAAGGAAUAGUUCAUGGUAUAAUUACCUUGCUUCUUAACAGGUAUACCCAGCUGGGUAACAUUUAUAUAUAAUCGUGAUUCUCAUUUACUAAUGAUAGCUUGAAUGUAUCUGUGUGCACAGACGUAUAUUGAACGUUUACUUUUCUAGACAUGUCUCACAUUUAAAUUUCGAGAUAUUCACAUGGUUAUGACAUUUAUUCGAAAAGUGACAAUGGGAACUUUAUGAUCUGAUACACACGCUUAUCUAGCUGACUGUAAAGCAAAAUUACUAAAGAUCUUGCACCAACUCACCCAAUUUCCCCAUUUAACUAUGGUGUACACAACAUAAUCUCUAAUCUACAGCUGUUACAAUAGGAUCUUGCAUUUUCUUUGUUCAGUGCCACUGACGCCCUGCGGUUUUCUGACGCAUUUUGUGGUCAGUGUUUUGAUCAUAACGUGCACUUGGCUAAUAUCAAAUCUGUCAGCUGUUAAAUGUUUAUCUCACUUUUGCUAUGCACAAUAUAGCUGUCUAAAGUUAUUUUUUUUAUAAAUUUUUAAGAAUCAGUAUUUGGUUCUAUUCAUUUAUACCUAUAUAUCAAUUAUAUUGGCAACCUGAUAGCAUCAUUCAUUUUCCAGUACCAAAUAUAUGCAGGUGGUAAACUAAGUUUUCCAUUCCUCUAAUGAUUUUUUUAACACAAGGAAUAUAUAAGCAUUUUAUAAAAAAUUAUAAUAAUAAUAAUGUGUUAUAUCAAUUUACCUUUCUGAAAUCUAUUUUUGGAUGUCUCAUAACUACUGUAAUUUAUACUCUUUAAAUCCUAACCUCACUAAUCACCUUAUCAUCUUAUAUUUAAUCUCAUUUACCUGCAAAAUAUGUGUUUAGGCUCCAAAAAAACAGUGUCUUUCUAACAAGGACAAUUUAUUCUGCAUAUUAUUUAGGAUUGCAAUAAUUUUUUGCAUAUAUUGUAUCUCUAUUUUUGACCACCGUAUACCAUUAUUGGGGCAUUUUAUGGAACAUGAUCUAUUAUUCUAUCAUUAUGAUAAAGAAUGAGCAAAACACGUGAUGACAGAUCCUUCAAUCAAAUCAUUACAAAGUGUCAUUUACCACAUUUCUCUGCUCCACAUGCUUGUAACGCAAUCCAAACUUGCAAACAUUUUUUUUCUUAAAGGAGCACUAUAUGAUUAGGAACACAAAUGUGUAUUCCUGACCUUAUAGCGUUAAAAACACCAUCCAGCCCUCCUGCCCCCCUCCUCCCUAAACAUAGUAAAAAACUUACUUUUACUCUACUCUGUGGCUGCUGACUCUGCCCUUGAUCUGCCUGCUUGACUGACUUUAUCAGAUGUGAUUCCCUGAGACAAUACCAAUGCUUUCCCAUAGGAUUGGUCAAAACUGUUAAGGUAGCCGAUCAGGGGCAGAACCAGCACAAGCCAAACACAGCCCUGGCCAAUGCAUCUUUAUGAGGAAAGUUCAGUGUCUCCAUGCAGAGGGUGAAGACACUGAAUGUCAGUCACACUGUGCAGCACUGCCCCAGGAAGCACCUCUAGUAACCAUCUGGGGAGUGGCCAGUGGGUGUGUCCCUAGGCUGUAAUGUAAAAACUAAAUUUUCUUUGAAAAGACAGUGCUUACUGCAAAUAGCCUGAGGGGAAUGAUUAUAAUCACCAGAACAAACACGAUAAGUUGUAGUUAUUCUGGUGACUAUAAUGUCCCUUUAAAUUUCUCAAAUUUGAGUCAUUAUAUGUUGGGUCAGGGUUAAUUGAUAUUGGUGCUAUAGUUAAUCAUUUGGUCUCGUCAAUAACUGAAUUGAGGGCUGGUGCCCACUAGAUCCUUACGUUUUUGUUUUGGCUUGCACUUUAUCCACGAUCCUACUGCAUGUAACACAUUACAUUUUUGCUUUAGACUUUUUGCUCUGCAUAUUAUUACUGGCACUUAUAAAGAACCAACAUUUUUCACAGUGCUGUACUAUAAUGGGAGAAAAACACAACAACAAAAAUGUACAAUUUACACAAUACAAUAUACAUAGACUAAUAUAAAAGAAAACUUUAAAAAAAAAAUCUAAAAUGUUCUUUUUGGGCAUAUGUUAUGUACCCCAUAUUAUACAGAAAGGAGUGAGUGUUUACAAAUUAGUUGGUUUUAGUUGGCCUUUUUACAUAGGUUCACUAUCAAUAUCAAUAUUUUUAAUAGGUCAGGUCUUUUUUGUUGUUGUUGUUCACAGUAGAUCUUAACCCAUGGGUCUGAAUGCAUAUUUGGGCUCCGAAUGCUAUUUCGAUGAGUGCUCACUGGCUUUAACAAUUUUAUUAUAUAAAUAAUUUCCAACACAACUGUCCUAAGUAAGUUGUCUUAUUGAGGGGACUCAUACCCAAAAAAUGGUUAAGAACAACAGGCCUGGAAAAAGCAUUCUCGUGUAUGUAAAAUGAUCAGUGGGAUGUGUUAUGUACCUAUUAUUACAUAUAUCUCUGUGUUGUUAUCUAACACGUUCUGGAUGUUAUAUAAUACGUAUACAGUGUAUCACAUAGUUUUGUGUACAAGGAAAGCACAGUUUUAUAAACUUUACAUCCUUGGGCACUUUAAGUAGUGCUAGAAAUUACUUACCAGCAACUAUACAAUUUGAUUUUAAUCUUCUACUUGAUUUAACAAGGAUAAACUUUGUACAGAAUAGUUCACUGCCUUCAGAAUGCAGAUACAUCAAUAGUUUUGCCCUUUCUUUCAAUUGUUUUAUUACAUUAUUGCUCUUUUUUUUUUUUAAUUGAUCCUUUUCUGAAACCUGGCUACUUACAGUAAAUAUCCUAGUACAGGGGUAGGCACUCCAGAUGUUAUGGACUAAAUCUACAUAAUGCUGGCAAUGCAUCAAGGGAGAUGUAGUCCACAGCACCUGGAGUGCAGAAGGUUGGAACUGCUUAGUAAAUUCACCCAAUCCUAAUUAUAAUCCGGCCAAAUCCUGAUUUCUGUUUAAUUUAGAAUUAUAUGUAUACACUGCAAACAGUUUGUAACAUAUAUAAAGUAGAAAUACAAUUAUAUACAAAGUAGUGUAUUUAUAUAAAUGUAUUGGUUGUUUUACAAAUUGUAUCUUAAUUUUGUUUCUCUCCCUCUCUCUUUCUAGAGUAUAGCCUCUCUUUGACUGACCAACUGCAGAUUUUUAUCCCAACUAUUUGCAUAUUGAUCAUAGCUAUAAUUGUAGCAUGCAAAUGUGCUGUUCAUUUGUAAGUAUGCAAGUCAACUUUGUAAUAAUAAUGGGGAGUCUCAUGAAAAGGAACAUCGGGGGUUAGGUCUAAACUAAACAGCAGUUAUCAGGAUAACUUCUAAAAGUGGAGCAAUCUUUUAGAAAAUUCCACUGGUUACAUUGGUGAUUGAACCACUUUUACAAGUUUGAAUAUUCAAUACAAUGUGGCACACUGUACUGUAAUAGUUAAGAAAACAGUGUCUGUAUUUAUGCAAUCUAUCUUAUCAGAAGACAUUUGGGCUUCACCACCUGUUCCAUUUUAAUUGUUUUAUGCAGCCAAGCAGGUGCUGGUUAGAUUAUUUUCUAUAGAUACUAUGUUUAUCAACUAUCCUCUUUUGGAUUAAAUAGGAAAAUUAAUUUUUGAAUUCAGCAUAUAUCAGUAUUACUGAUGUUAUUUUUAUAUGGACAUUAGUGGUAGAGGUUAACACAGUAAAGGAGUUUAAGCAUGCGUGGGAUAGGCAUAAGGCUAUCCUAACUAUAAGAUAAGGCUAGGGACUAAUGAAAGUAUUUAGAAAAUUGGGCAGACUAGAUGGGCCGAAUGGUUCUUAUCUGCCGUCACAUUCUAUAUGUAGUAGGCUUUUAUAAGUGCAUCUAACAUGGAAUAUAUGGGGCAUUUCAUGCAGAUAACUUCUCACAUUAUUUUUGCUUAGAUUUUUGAAUCUGCCAAUGCUGAUUCGCCAUUUCUUUUAAUAGAGACGGUCAACAGUAUUCUAUAAAGGGAGAAUUGUUGGGAAUUUAAAGGGAAUGCAAAUUGAAUGUCAAAUAAUAAAAAAAAAUUCAGCAUAGUUUUUUUAACAAGAAAUUUGACAUUUGAAAUGUAAAGUAAAAGUUGACAAACUGGAACCAUGGCUGAUUUGAACAGCUUUCCUUUUGAAAGGCCACCCUAGUGAAGAAUGUGUUGUCAGUCCUGUUACUUCCUGGUUUGUUUAGCUCAGUUGAGCUAAACUCAAGAGCCAGCAGUUGCCCAGAGAACCUGCCUUGCAAAGACUUCUCAUUGAACUGCAUUGGGAAGUCUGUGAUUGGACAGCCACCAAAGUUUUGGGCAGGAUUAGAAGGGAGGGCUUGCAAACUCUGCAGGCAAGAGAUCUGCUGCUUUUGCAAGUUGUUUUUAGAUAUAACCCAGUUAAAAAAAUACAUAAUUAAAUGUAUGCAUGAUUUCAUAGGAGGUAUAUCUACUAAACAGUAACUUUUAUUCUGUUUUGUAUUUUGGCAGUGGGGUAUACCUUUAAACUAAUUUGGCCUUAAAAUGUGAAAAAUCACUUUGCACUCCUGACAAUUCUAAUUGUAGUAAAUAAUCCUGUUAGCAUGUGAACGGUUUUUAGGAAAGUUUGGGAGCCUGAGUGUAGCACACUUUUGAAAAUGAGAAGAUUAUUGCACUAACAAAAUUUGUGUGUGGUUCCUCAUUGGAAACUAAUUGCUAGUUUUAUCUAAUACCCAAUGAUGAGAGCUAGAUAAAUGAGAUAAAAUUACAGGAAGCUGACACUGUAUGUUGUUAUAAUUAAGCAAAACAUUAAAACAAAGAGAACGAUGUAACUGGUAGUCAGGGCCGGACUGGGAUGAAAAUGAAGCCCGGGCAGUUAAUGGCAGAGCAGCCCACUGAGGGACGGGGCGAAAAAGGGAUUGUGUUAAUUGUGUGUGUAUGCGUAUAUAGAGUAGUGUGUGUAGAGUGUGUGUGUGAAUGCAUGGGGGUGUGGUAUGUAUAAGGGAUAUAGAGUGUAGUCAUAAAGGUACAACAUUAAAUGCAUACAAUACAAUAUGUAUAACCUAUUAUUGUUCAUGUUCAACAACACAACAACAUACUAGAAUGAACAACAGCUUGCACCUUGUGUUUUUGUAAUUUAUGAAUGGACACAAGGUCAGGCAAGCACAGCUCUCUGUAGAUCUCCAUAAAAUAAGAGAAUGUAAGCGUAAGUUAUAGGAAAAUCGUUUAUACUGUUAAAGUCCCUUUUCCUGAUCUAAAGCAUUCACUGAACAAACUCAUAAUGGAAUGGGGACUUGUCAGCAUUUGCCUGGAUCAAUUAUGUCUAACAUGGGCACUUCACUUGUUAUUGAGCUACAUUUUAGUAGUUGGAUCAACUUCUUGAGAAACAUAACAGGAAUAAACCUGCUUUAUUCCUAUAACAUACAGAGCAGUAAAAAAAAUCACACACACAACACAGCACUUUGAUCUGAUAUAGAACUUAUGUUUAUUCCACCAUCCAUGGUAGAUUUUCGACUAGAGUCUUUGAUAGACUGAUAAAGAGGUCUACUGCCAGGUCUACUCUAAAUAGUGGAGUAAAGCUACAUUGCUUGAUAUAUAGAUAGUUCCUGAACUCCAGUGCCAAGUUUAGGCUAGAACAUUGGUGUACACAUCCAACCAGAGAACUAGCGUUCUCUGGAAUCCAGCCCAGCAGGCGCCCGUCAUGCAGCAACUUGAAUCAACUAUUUUCUUGUAGUUCAUAGACCAACAUAAAUUGAUAGAAACUCAUUUUAAAUGAACAUGAGGCAAAGAUCAUAAUUUAAAGGGCAGUACAUGCAGUGCAUAAUGAAUAUACCAAUAAGGUGGUUGAACAAAUUUCUGUGUAAUUGUCCUAAUUGCAUGUUAAGCCAUAACAAAUCAGUCAAUUUAUGAUAAAACUGAAAAAAAAAAUGAAUGGAAGAUACUGCCGUUCGCUGUUUUAAUGUAGCAUGAGGCCGGUGACGAGCAGCUAAAACUGCACUUUAUUUCCAAGGUAGCUCUUUUUUGCUCUUAAAUACUUAGAUUAGUAAUUUUAAUAGCAGUGUGUGUAUAAUCUCACAUUCAAAUCUCACCCUCCUAACAGCAAACAUUGCAUAACAUGCUCCAGGGUAGACAACUUGUUUAUCACAUGUAACAUUGAGGUUUUAAACAGAUGGUUUAUCACAAAUUACAUUGUCCAAUUCUGUUAUCAUUUAGUUUUUCGAUUUCUAUAGAAUAACCUUCCAAAACAUUGAAUUGCAACCCUUUAACAAUUAUUGGUGUAAAAGUCUACAAUUUUCAAAAACUGAUAACUGCAAUCCAAAGAUUUUCAUCGCCCCACCUCUAAAAAAUAUUUGGAUUGACUAUACCUUUGAAUUUGAAAGCAAACUUAAUAGUUAAACCAGUUGUAGAUUUGCUAAUGUUGCAUGCAACAGAAUUAAAUGUUUUUAAUCUUUAUUUUUUGAUAGUAACUUUGCUAUGUUUUUCUUUACAGCUGUAAGAAAAACUGGUUGGACCGAAUCCCAAAUGUUAAAAAAUCUCAGUUGGCUCAAAGCAAGCUAUUUACUAUCCAGGUUAGUUCCUUCUGAUAGAAAUACAAUAGUGGUUCACACUCAACCAUGUGAUAUAUAUAUAUAAUAGUUAUCAAAAUGGGCUGCUUUCCCCUGGUCCCAUAACUUCUGUUGUCAGAUUAAGGUUUUAUUGCAACUAAGUGAUUUCCCAAGGUAUUAGUUAGUCCCUGUUAAACAUUAACACCAACAGGCCUUUGACCUACUCGUCCACACUUAUACUACUUUUUGAAAGCAUUGCCGUUUACCCAUGAGCCACGAGUAGUCCAAAACUUGCCAUUAGAUAAAACUAUGUGUAAAGACAAAUAUAGGGAUACAGAAGAUCCGAGAGGGUAUAAGAAUAAAACCAAGUAAUAAUGUGAUACCCCCUAACACCACUGCAGGCGCAGAGAAAAUUUGCACUCGCAAACACAAACAAGUUAUAAAGAGCCUUCAAUCAAAUCCACAGUUCCUCAUGGUUUCAAUGUGUAAAAUCCCAAGCUGAUAGGGAUAACCUCUGCAUAAUAAAGAGCAGAGCAAACAGCACGGGACGCCAAUAUAAUAAAAACAGAGCAUUUAUUUAUAUGUAACUUAAAGCCAAUUAAAAGAGCAAAUAAACAACUUUACCAAUGUUCACUGCCCAACGCAUUUCAUUUCCCCUAACACCACCACAGGUGCAUUGAAAAGUUGCACUCCCAAAACACAAGUUAUAAAGAGGUUCCAAUGUGUAAAAUCUCAAACUGGAUAUGGGGAGCCCCUGUAUAAUGAAGACGCAUUAUCAGAUUGAGGGCUUCAUUGUUGUUAGACACGGAGCUCCAAAGGAAGUCACCUGGGGUGAUGAAAUGCGUUGGGCAGUGACUAUUGGUGAUCUCACGAUUGGUGAAGUUGACUAUUUGCUUUUUUACUAGGAUCUGUUGUAUCCCUAUAUUUGUCUUUAUACAUACUUACUUCUAAUGGCAAGUUUUGGACAUCGAGUUUUUAAAAGUAAAUUAUUUCAAUUCAAUUGCUUGUUGGUGUUUAUAUUUAACAGGAACUGAUACAUUGAGAAACAAGAUACAUAAAACUUUAACAAGUUACUGGUAAACUAAACCAUGAACAUGUAUAUACCACAUAAAAACAGAUUACAUGUUCCUUGGAAUGCAACUGUUUUAGUUACCUUUACUAUUAAGUCUAAUGGAUAUCUGUGUGGCCAUUUUGUCUCAUCCAGCUGUCCUAAAAAUGUGCCCCCUUGUGGGGACAUUUAUAUGAACAUCACAAAAACCCCAAAACUUUGUUACCAUGUGUGGGCACAACUAAACUGCAUCACUAGAAUGUUUUUAAAAACAUGUUAAAUUGUAGGGAUUGUAUUUACUAGAGUCAAGGUCAGAAGUGGGAGUGCAAACAGAAUUUCUAUUGACUUACUCUUGUCCUGUCCAGUCAGUCCCAAUAGUGAUAAUCACAAAAGGGAUAAAGGGCAUAUUUGAGGAAAACUUUGGGAUAAUAAUAUAUGAUUCAUUGCAUUACUGCUCAGUGUGUAACAAUAUUGUGUAAUUUUAGUAGUACUGUGUUGUAUUAUAGUGCAUUCCAUUGUAAUUUUCCAUUUUUUUUAUUAAGUAAAAUACAGUAUACAUUUUUUUUUUUUCUUGAGACACUGUUAAUGUGAUGUACAUCCACUUCUGAACAUUAAUGGAAACCUAAUGUUAAUAUCAGGCUGGUAGAAUUCAGCACCCUCUAAAAAUACUAAAUGCCUACUUAAUGUCUCGUAGUAACAUAGUGGAUUAUAUACAGAUCCCUGAUUCAGCCCCAUAAAGUCCUUAAACCAAUCAGAACCCAAGAAAAGACGACAAUGAUGGCCUCUCAUCUAGGGCACCUGGCUCACAUGUCCCAAUUCAAUGUUAAUGGGUGAUAUAUUCAAGAUGUACAGUUAGGAUAUCUGAAGUGCAGCUGCUCACACCUUCCUAAUAAAUGAGUGAGUCAGUUUAUAAUGUGGACAUAUGGGAGGGCAAACUUCAAAACUGUAAUCUUUCAAGUGACAGACAUUCCAUUUUUAAGCACAGUUACCUCUUAAAGGUAUAUGCUUGAUAGAUUCUAUUAUUGCAAACAUUAUCUGUUGUGGACCUUAUGGUCUUAUUUUAGGUAUCUCAUCAUUAGGCAUUGGUUGGGAAAUAGGGACUAAUAUUCUCCCUUAUUGCUUCAUAUUGUACUGUUACGAAUUAUCUUUUUGUGGAGUUCAGGUGUUUGGGCUGCUGUGUUUGCACCACUGCCAUCUCUGAACUAGCCUCAUCUGGUGUUACCAGAGCAAACUGAACAUGGAAAAGGAACGUAUUUUUUGUUUCAUUAUGCAACACAAUAGGUGGACCGUACUGCAAAAGUGCAUACAAUAUGCAUAUUCUCUAAUACAUGCUUGUAUCAGACAAAGAGAACAUAUGACCUUCUAGGAUUAUAUGGAUUUAAAGAGUAAUUUAAAAUGGUGACAGUCUGCAACAAACAAACAAAUAAAAUCUAUAUAACAAAUAAAAUCUGUAUAACAAACAAACAAACAAACACAGUCUAUAUAACAAUCAAACAAAUAAAAUCUAUAUAACAAACAGAUACAAUCUAUAUAACAAACAAACAAACACAAACAAACAAAUACAAUCUAUAUAACAAACAAAUAAAAUCUAUAUAACAAACAGAUACAAUCUAUAUAACAAACAAACACAAUCUAUAUAACAAACAAACAAAUACAAUCUAUAUAACAAACAAAUAAAAUCUAAUCUAUAUAACAAACAAAAAAUCUAUAUAACAAACACAAACAAACACAAACACAAUCUAUAUAACAAACAAACAAAUACAAUCUAUAUAACAAACAAACAAAUACAAUCUAUAUAACAAACAAAUAAAAUCUAUAUAACAAACAGAUACAAUCUAUAUAACAAACAAACAAACACAAUCUAUAUAACAAACAAACAAAUACAAUCUAUAUAAUAAACAAAUAAAAUCUAAUCUAUAUAACAAACAAAAAAUCUAUAUAACAAACACAAACAAACACAAACACAAUCUAUAUAACAAACACAAUCUAUAUAACAAACAAAUAAAAUCUAUAUAACAAACAAACACAAUCUAUAUAACAAACAAAAAAAAUCUAUAUAACAAACACAAACAAACACAAUCUAUAUAACAAACAAACAAAUAAAAUCUAUAUAACAAACAAAUACAAUCUAUUCAACAAACAAACAAAUAAAAUCUGUAUAACAAACAAACAAAUACAAUCUAUAUAACAAACAAACAAAUAAAAUCUAUAUAACAAACAAAUACAAUCUAUAUAACAAACAAAUAAAAUCUAUAUAACAAACAAACACAAUCUAUAUAACAAACAAACAAAUACAAUCUAUAUAACAAACAAACAAAUAAAAUCUGUAUAACAAACAAACACAAUCUAUAUAACAAGCAAACAAACACAAUCUAUAUAACAAACAAAUAAAAUCCGUAUAACAAACAAACAAACACAAUCUAUAUAACAAGCAAACAAAUAAAAUCUAUAUAAUAUAUUAGUAAAAGUAAGAUUCUACCAUAAUUUGUAUUGGCUUGAAGUAAAUUUCUAUUGACUUGAAAUUGUUAUUGAAGGUUUUUAACACAUACAAAUUAAGUCUCAUUUGACUUUAUUUUGUUGUUAAAUUGUUUUAAUUACCCCAGUAGGACAUUAUGGGUAAAAUGGGCGAUGGAGAAAAUCACAAACUCACUUCCACUGCAGGAAUUCAGUUGCGGGCAUCCGCAACUUGUAAUCAUGGUCUGGCGAUCCCUUUGUUGCUUGCCCACUUGUAAAUAGGCCCACAGCCAACUGACAGGGGUAACAUUUCAGAAACCUCAACCUAAACUGUUUAAAUGCAUAAUGUGAGGUAGGGCUUCAUCUCAAUCAACGUGUAUGUACCUUUUAAUUUGAUCAAACUAAAGUAAAAUUUAGUUUUUUUCAUAUGCUUAAAGGGACACUGUAAGCACCCAGCCAGCUGAAGUGGUCUGGGUGCAGUGUCCCUUUUGCACUUAGUGCUGCAAUGUUAAACAUUGCAUAUGCAGAGAAACUGCAAUGUUUACAUUGCAGCACGAGGUCUGCCUCCAGUGACUGUCUACCAGGAAGCCACUGGGGGGCACUUCCUGGAUCUAAACUGACCUUUGGUCCGGUAUCCAAUGCUGGGCGUCCUCACGUUCGGCAUUAGGACAUGCAGUGUCUGAUUUUUUCCCCAUAGGAAAGCAUUGCUUCCUAUGGUGAAGUCUAAUGCGCCUGCGGCAAUUGCCGCACAUGUGCAUUAGGACCCACUCAUUGCGGGACCUUUACUUAACGCGGGGGAAGGGUGGCCCGGGGGAGGACGGAGGCAGAGGACGUGAUAGUGCCAGGAAUACAGCUUUGUAGUCCUAGCACUAUAGUAUCGCUUUAAAUGACCAUUAUAAUCACCCAGUCCACUUCAUCUCAAUGAAAUGGUGUGAAUGCAGUGGCUCUGUCAUUUUUCUUCCACAAUAUUUCCCUGACAGCUACUAGAUGGUGCUUCUGCAUCCACAGCCGAGUCAGACUCAGUUCUUUGACAUUCAAUGUUCUCUGAUGCUUCUAGUAGGGAAGUUUUGGAUUCAGUGCUUCUGUGCGAGAAGCGUUUCAUUGGUGGAGCGCAGCAAUUGCCAUGCAUGCACCUAUUGUCUGCAAUGAGUCUCAGAGAACCAUUUGAUUGGACAAAUUGCUUUCAAGCCUGCUGACAUCAGAGAGGUGAAUGGCACUGCUCAGAAGCGACUGUCUCAGCACUGGAUUCCAGUUAACUAAAGCGUUAUUUUAAAUUUUUUAUUUAAAAAGGGGGUCUUGCAAUUUAAAUCACCCUGCCCUGCUAUUUGAGCAACAUUUUUUGUUAUUAUCUAGGAUUCCUUUAUUAUAAUUAUUAGCCAAUUUUUCUUCAGUUAUUUAAAUUUCCCUUGAUCUCACAAGGAGCAGUUGCUAGCAUUGUGAUAUCAUUUUUUAUGACACAGAAUCACAGAGGAUCCUUUAUUUGUAAGUAAAUAUGCUCAGGGAAUGCAAAUGUUUUGUUCUAUACAACAAUGCGUUAUUUGUCUGAACAACAGGUUGCCUUCAGUAUCUCUGUAUUAAUUUCUCUCCAUUACCAAGGACAUGGCAUUUUAAACAAAUAUUUUUCCAAAAGUAUACACAUUAUACUGCAGACACGUAAUAAAACAUUUUAAACUAAUCUGUUAUCCGCACAUUGUGUGGAUGAAACGUUCUGCUCCAGACGGAAUAUAUUUUAUCUAAAUAUUGAAAUGGGUUAUGAUGAGCAAAUGGCUGAGGUUGAUGAGAGCUAGCUUCUGUGAGCAUACUAUGCGGGUAAUUUAAAGGAACACUAUAGUCACCUAAAUUACUUUAGCUAAAUAAAGCAGUUUUAGUGUAUAGAUCAUUCCCCUGCAAUUUCACUGCUCAAUUCACUGUCAUUUAGGAGUUAAAUCACUUUGUUUCUGCUUAUGCAGCCCUAGUCACACCUCCCCUGGCCAUGAUUGACAGAGCCUGCAUGAAAAAAACAACUGGUUUCACUUUCAAACAGAUGUGAUUUACCUUAAAUAAUUGUAUCUCAAUCUCUAAAUUAAACUUUAAUCACAUACAGGAGGCUCUUGCAGGGUCUAGCAAGCUAUUAACAUAGCAGGGGAUAAGAAGAUUGAAGGGAGGCUGCAUCUCAAGACUCUUUGCUUCAUAAACAUUGAGGUGUUAUCUUAUUUAAGCCUCCCACUUUCUUAGACAUAUGUCACAGCAAAAUGAUUAAUUGAAGCCUAUCUUCAAUACCUUCACCAAAGGAAUGUAUUGAUAUAACUUGGGAAACGAUUAUAUUCCGACUCUAUGAUGUUUACGUUAAUUAUUAUUUCAAAUUCACCUGCGAUUGUUAUUUUUUUCUUUAGAAACCCAUGAUGAAACCAGAUGGUUCCUGUAAUCAUCUGAAACAUGAGAAGAAAAAACGAUAUGGCAACGCAAUCCGGUAAGUGUUCAACAUCGUUUUCGAUAUAAGCCUGUGAGUAGGAUGUAAAUAUUCCCAGUGCAGAAGUGGCUUCUGGGAAAUGUACUGCACAAUUAGUUUUUUUUUCCAUUCAUUGUGUUACUUCUUCCUUUUUAAGUGAAAGACAACAUAAUAUAGUUAAGGUGCAAGUAGUUUCACAGUACAGUUUUUAAACAUGCACCUUGCUUUAGGUAAAGAAAAGAAAAAAAGAGAAUAUCAGUAGUUUAUUUUGUAUGAAGUCCAACCACAUGCUUUCUUGCAUGUUAGUGCCUGGACUGUCUGGAAUUAACUUUUUAAAAUCCAUGGGCAUUGGCAUACCCUAUGUCCAGUAAAGGUAUUUGUCAUAGAUAGUUAAACACCCAUUAGACGUUCAUUAUGUAAAAUAGAAUUAGAUUGGAACUGCUGCUCAAAUGGAAAGUAUAUAUACAAGUUUCCUCCUGUGGUGUCUGUAUGCAGUGUUGGCUUAUAGUUGCAGAGAUAUUGGCACAUUGCUGCACUUAUAAGACACCGUGUUUCGGAAAAUCGUGACCGUGACCGUUAACUAUGUGUUAACAUACAGUAAGGGGAAAAAGUAUUUGUCCACUGACAAAGAAAUUAACAGUCUAUAAAUUUAAUGGUUGGUGUAUUUUAACAGUGAGAGACAGAAUAACAAAAAAUACAUCCAGAAAAACACAUGUCAAAAAAGUUAUGAAUUGAUUUGCAUGUCAAUGAGUGAAAUAAGUAAUUGAUCCCCUAUCAAUCAGCAAGAUUUCUGCCUCCCAGGUGUCUUUUAUACAGGUAACAAGAUGAGAUUAGGAACACUCUCUUAAAGGGAGUGCUUCUAAUCCAAGCUCGUUAACUGUAUAAAAGACACCUGUCCACAGAAGCAAUCAGUCAAUCAGAUUCCAAACUCUCCACCAUGGCCAAGAUCAAAUAGCUGUCUAAGGAUGUCAGGGUCAAGAUUGUUAAGCUACAAAAGGCUGAAAUGGGCUACAAGAUCAUCGCCAAGAAGCUUGGUGAGAAGGUGACAAUAGUUGGUGCGAUUAUUCGGAUAUGAAAGAAACACAAAAUAACUGUCAGUUUCCCUCGGUCUGGUGAUCCAUGCAAGAUCUCACCUUAUGGAGUUUCAAUGAUCAUGAGAAUGUUAUGGAAUCAGCCCAGAAUUACACAGGAGGAUAUUGGUAAUGAUCUCAAGGCAGCUGGGACCAUAGUCACCAAGAAAACAAUUGGUAACACCCUAUGCUGUGAAGGACUGAAAUCCUACAGCGCCUGCAAGGUUGCCCUGCUCAAGAAAGCACAUGUACAGGCCCGUCUGACGUUUGCUAAUGAACAUCUGAAUGAUUCAGAGGAGUACUGGGUGAAAGUGUUGUGGUCAGAUGAGACCAAAAUCGAGCUCUUUGGCAUCAACUCAACCCGACGUGUUUGGAGGAGGAAUGUUGCCUAUGACCCCAAGAACACCAUCCCCACUGUCAAACAUGGAGGUGGACACAUUAUGCUUUGGGGGUGUUUUUCUGCUAAAGGGACAGGACAACUUCACCGCAUCAAAGGGACGAUGGACAGGGCCAUGUACAGUCAAAUCUUGAGUGAGAAACUCUUUCCCUCAGCCAGGCUAUUGAAAAUGGGUCGUGGAUGGGUAUUCCAGCAUGACAAUGACCCAAAACACACAGCGAAGGCAACAAAGGAGUGGCUCAAGAAGAAGCACAUUAAGGUCCUGGAGUGGCCUAGCCAGAACUUAAUCCCAUAGAAAAUCUGUGGAGGGAGCUGAAGUUUCUAGUUGCCAAAUAUCAGCCUCAAAACCUUAAAGACUUGGAGAAGAUCUGCAAAGAGGAGUGGGACAAAAUCCCUCCUGAGAUGUGUGUAAACCUGGUGGCCAACUACAAGAAACGUCUGAACUCUGUGAUUGCCAACAAGGGUUUUGCCACCAAGUACUAAGUCGAAGGGGUCAAAUACUUAUUUCACUCAUUGACAUGCAAAUCAAUUUAUAACUUUUUUGACAUGCGUUUUUCUGUUUGUUUGUUUUUUUUUUUUUGUUAUUCUGUCUCUCACUGUUAAAAUACACCUACCAUUAAAAUUAAAGACUGGUCAUUUCUUUGUCAGUGGGCAAACAUUCGAAAUCAGCAGGGGAUCGAAUACUUUUUUUCCUCACUGUAGACUGUUAUGGUGCUUGAUGUGACCUUUUAAAUAUGCAUGGUAUUCAGACAGACUUAAAGGGACACUGUAGGCACCCAGACCACUUCAGCUAAUUGAAGUGGUCUGGGUGCAGUGCCCCUUUUGCACUUAGUGCUGCAAUGUAAAACAUUGCAGUUCCAUAGAAACUGCAAUGUUUACAUUGCAGCUCUAAGUCUGCCCAGUGGAUGUCUCCCAGACAGUCACUAGAGGGCUUCCUGGAUCCUAACGGACCUUUGGUACAGUAUCUGACGCUGGAAGUCCUGACGAUCUGCAUGACGACACCCAGCAUCAGAUUUUUCUCCAUAGAAAAUCAUUGAUUUGCCGCACAUGCGAAUUAGCACCCACUCGUCGCGGGCCAUUGGAGGGGGUGGAGUGUUGGCCCUGCACCGAGGGACAUCAGUGCUGGGAAAACACAUAACUUAUUUUUAACCCUUUAUUUACCUGGCGAGGGUGCGAGGGAAGGGGAAGGCAGAGGAAACUAUGAGGCAGAGGAAAAUACAGCUUUGUAUUCCUGGUACUACAGUAUCUGUUUAACCCCUUAAGGACACAUGACAUGUGUGACAUGUCAUGAUUCCCUUUUAUUCCAGAAGUUUGGUGCUUAAGGGGUUAAAUAAUAAUAAAUUUCACUAGUAGUAAAUUACCCCACCAAUGCUCAAGUCAUGGAAUUGCUUAUGACUACUAUCCCCCUUUAUUCUACAAGUGUUCUAGCAUUCACUGAUACAGAGUUGUGUAAAUAGAAGCAGGAAUAGGGAGUUGAGUGGAGUCCAUAAUUAAUCUGGGUAAACUACUGUCCCAUAUAAUAACAGAUGCAUGGUUUUAGCCAGGAAGCUGUUUUUACUUUAUUUCUCAUUAUGCACAUAAACAGACAUAAAAAUUAAUCAUGCCAGCUUUUUUUAUUAUUAUAAAAGACCUAUGGGCUGGGUAUUUGAGAACUUUGAUGCACAAUAUAAACAGGUAAUUGGAAAAUAGUAGGUACAUAGUUUCAAUUGUUUAAGUAUCCUUAAAGCAGUAUAAUGACAAACUUAUUCAGUCUUAAUUGCAAGUGCAUGUACCCCAUGGCCAAAUAAAUGGCAUAUUUAUCUGUUUAUUUGUUAAAUGAACAUGUAGACUCAGUUUUUAUGCAAAACUCAUUACUGUAAAAUAUUUCAGGUUAAAUUCCUAUGUUUAGUUUUUGGUUUUGUGAGCAAAUAAACUGAUAAAGGGAUCUAAAACUGUUUGUUGUCUGUAUAUCUUAUCUUUGAAGGUAAAUAUAAUAAGUUAAACAAAUAAAAUAUAUACAAUAUAGUCCUUUUAAACACAAAAAUAAAUCUGUUAUUUUUCUUUUCUGUUUGCAGAGGUAAUUGGCUUUAUAAAUUAAUCUUCAAAGUCCGCAAUGAAUAUGACUACAAUACAAAUGGCAAAACUGAAACAGACUGUCCUACUUAUUGUACAGUCUUUGAAACAAAUCAGAGAAUUCUUACACUGGAAAAUGAAAACAUAGAAACAGUUUUAGAAAUAUGUCCUCUGGAAAAUGAAAAGAAUAUAUCUGAAAGUGGAGAUGACGAGGAUGGUGGGUUUCCUACAUCAGAGUUAAGCUCGUCUGUGAAAAACACGUUACUUAAUAUUAUAAAUAGUGAUUCCAUGUUUGAAAGAUCAUGUGAACAACAAAACUCAUCUUCAAGUUGGGAUGGUUUUUCUGGCUUCGGAGAAUUUUGGCAAAAAGAAAAAUCCCACGUGGAACAGUCUGAAAACUGCUCAGAAUUGGGUUAUCAUCGUUAUGAGUGUGAUAAUUCUGCAGUAGAGCUAAAAUAUAAAGCAAGCCAAUCACAACAUUCUGGUUUUGAUCAAUUCUCUGGAACUCAGCAGCAGCCCAAAUCAGCUGUAAACCUUGUCAAGAUUUCGUUAAAUGAUCGCUUUGACGUAUGCAUGAAUACGGGCUAUAACAGUUUUGCAAACAUUGUGUCUGGAACACAAGAUCAGGAAAAUUGUGUAACUAAUCCAGUCUGCAAUGACCAAACAUGGCCGUUGAGCGUCCCCACGAGCACAGUCGACAGAGAAUGUAUUUUGUUGACCUGCCUGGAUAACGCAAAGUGCUAUAAUGGGAAUCCUAACCUGCAGUUGACUGAAAUGAGUCCAAGUACCAUAUAUUAUCAAUUUACUUUAAAGUCCAAGUCACAGGAGCCCUUGGACUCAAACCAAGAUAAACGCAUGGAUAACUGUGUAGGAAUCUAUCCCACAUCCAGUCAAGAAUGCGCUGGGUAUCAAAGUUUUUCUUCAGCUAUUGAGCAAGAGAAAGCCUCAACGAGCUUUCCAGUAGGACCUACAGACAGCUCAGUACUGGAUUCUGGGUAUAAAUCCUUUGAGUGUGUUCUAACUCAGAACAAAACAGAUAUAGACAGCUGUUGUCUUUAUGAUGGGGACAUAGAGUUUCAAUUUGGGCAAUCUGAAAAUGAUGUAGAACUCUCAUGUGACUUUGACUUAAGUGAAACAAGGGUUGCAAGUAAUGGAACCAAAGAAAAAAUUGAGGAUGCAGAUGCCAGCAGACUUUGUUUUGGCCUUCCAAAUUUCAGCUUCGCCGAAGCAUUCCUCGGUGAUUGUAACACUUCAAAAGAGGAUAAUUAUCAUCAACCUCACAAAAGAGAACCAACCAAGCAAAAAGAGGAUGAUGGAAAUAUAUCAAAUAAUACUCAACAUAACACUAACAUUAACCAUCAUGAUGAAAAUGAUGGUGAAAUUCCCUAUGCUCUUACAUUUGACCUAUCUAACCAUUUGUGGAAUGUCACUAACAUCUGUGGACAUAACAAAACUCCAGAAAAUUUAAAGUCAGAAAGCUUAGUACAUAUAAAGAUGAAUGAUAAUAUUUUCAGUUGUACGAAUAACAUGAAAUAUGGAUAUAAACUCGAAGGCAUUGAGGAUCAUCUGUCUUUCACCGACUAUCUUAAUGAGCCAAGUUACCAACAAAUGAAGUUUGAAAAUAUGUCAUAUUUUCUGCAUCCCUUUUCAUUAAAAAACACACAGGACAAUUUAUGUGAGACAUCGACCAAAUUACUCAUGCCUGAAAAAAUGUUUGACAAAGAUGGCAAUUUGUAUUUGAAGUUGGCGCUAUUGAACAUUCAUCCAUCAAUAGGCAAUUUUGACUGUGAUGUUGGUGAACUUUGAGGACUUGUAAGAGAUAUUUUAAAAAUAUAAUUUUUUUUAUACCAGAAUAAUAAGAGAAAGAACACUGGGAACGAUAUUGAAUGUCGUGUUGCUUUCUCUACUAUGCAACCCAAUCAAUGUUCGCUCUAAGCACUUAAGCACUAUUAUGUGAUCACUUGCCACUGAAAAAAUCUAAGAAAGGAAAACACACGCUUAUCAAUUCGGACUACAAGAUUCCCUUUCUUGAAAUUUUCAGUGUUAGAAUGAUCACAAAAAAAUUGUUCAGAGGAAAAACCCCCCCUAAAAUUUGACAGCUUUCUCUGUCAAUGUUUGUCCUGUUAAGGUUGUUGAUAUUAAAUGUCUUGCACCUGCAAUAUGUAAGCUUUAUGGUAUUUGCCUGUGGUGAUAAAUUUUGUUUUACUUGUUAAAAUAUUGAUGGUAAUCGGAAGUGUGAUGGUGCACUUUGUAGAAAUUAGUAAAUCCGUUGAAUGCCAUGUUUUGGCAAGAACUCUGAAAAAUAUCUGUUAUUGUGAAUAGUACAGAAUGAUCAGACUGGAG